CCUAUUCUUGCACUAUUUGAGCAGCAUACUAACCUUAAGUGCGUCGCCGCUUCGCUUUUACUGGCAAAACAAAACCAUUGUAAAACAGAUAUAAACAAAAUGUUUUAGCUAUAAAUUAUGGACGAAUAUGAAGCACAGUUGCUGGUGGUUGAGCAGGCGCUGCUCGUGACUACCGAUGAACAGCAGCGGGAGGAAUUAAUAGCACUACGUACAAACUUGGAGGAGCUUCUUGCGCUGACCAGAAGUAGCGAUGCAGAAGAUACCAACGACACAAACACACCAGAGGCAACUGACAUCGAUGACGAGCUAAAACGUUUUCAAAGUGAGUUAAGCAACUUAGAAGGGGAAAAGACGGACUCACAAGCUGACCAGCAACGAUUGGAAGAACUUCGCACCAAAUACAAUGCUCUGUUGGGAGAAAAGUGUUCGGCACCGCAUGAACAUAGCUGGGGUGCACUUAGCUAUCAUAAUGCACUGAUAUGUGGCGUGGACGAUGAAUUAAUUCUGGAUAAAAAUGGCAUUUUAGACGUACGAUUGCGCGUACUCUUUACAAACCCUACGCACCGCGAGAUGUUGCCUUGCAACUAUUACCUGGAUGGUGAAUGUCGAUUUGACGAAACUCGAUGUCGUUAUUCUCAUGGAGCUCUAGUGCCAGGAGCGGCCAUUAAAGACUACAAUGCACCAGAUUUUCACAGGUUGGCUCGCAACUGUCCAGUGCUAGCCAAGCUGCAGGAUCGUCUGUGGCAUCGUGGUCGUGUGUUGUGCGUAAACUUCAUGGAACAGCAGUGUCGCGUGCGCUUGGAUGGCCAGGAACACAAGGAGCGUGAGCGGGACUUUCCUUUUGAGGAACUUUUUCCGUUGAUAACCGAAGAAGAUGACGAACUAAGUAGCGACAGUGAAGAAACAAAUGAAACCGAUGGAAGUGAUGCAGCGAAUGAAUCCGACAUGGAUGACGUGGAGGCUGCGCGUCAAGCACGUAUGGUGGAGCUUAGCUUGUUUACGUUUAAGCCAAACGAACGAUUGGGCGCCUGGGAGCAGUAUACGCGUGGCAUAGGCUCCAAACUGAUGGCCAGUAUGGGUUAUAUACACGGCACAGGCCUUGGGUCGGAUGGUCGCGGAAUUGUUACGCCAGUUAGCGCGCAAAUACUCCCACAGGGCCGCUCGCUUGACGCCUGCAUGGAGCUACGUGAGGCAGCCAAUGGCGAUAAGGAUUACUUUAGUGUAGAACGCAAACUAAAGCGGGCCCAGCGUCGGCAGCAGGCAGCAAAUGAAAAGGCCUACGAACGGGAGGCGAAACGGACAGAUGUGUUUGCCUUUCUCAAUGGCAGUGUGCUGGGCCAGGGUAGUCAGCGGACCGAGAGCUCCACCAAGACGACAAAAAUUAACAAUCUCCAGCAGCACACUAACAAGUCGCUUAAUGUGGAAACUGUGCGCAUAGCCGAUGACAUACGUAGAAAGCAGCGGGACAUUGCCAAAACACAGCAAUCGUUGUCGCGCAACGCAAUCGAUUCGCAGCUGCAAAAACGGUUAAGUUCACAGCUUCAAAGCCAGAAACAGGAACUCGCCACGCUGCAGGCUCAGGAGAGCAGCCUCAGCAAAGAGCAGCAGAAACGAAAGAGUAAAAAUAAAAUGUUUGAGUUCUGACUUAUGUUCAGUACUGUUACUUUCUUAAAUCUA